AAUAGAGAAAGACGCUGAAUUAUUUCUAACACUAAAAAAGCUAGAACUAGAAAAGCAUUCUUCAACAAAGUGCCAAACCAUAUCUUCACAAUGUCGGCAGCAGCCAUUGAACCCAUUGACCUCAUAGAUUAUGUUGUGAAUCAAGGAAAUGGAGUGAAGGGCCUUUCAAAAUUAGGUCUCAAAUCCAUUCCCAAGCAAUAUAUUCAGCCCCCAGAAGAGAGAUUAGACAAAAACCAGGUUAUCCAUGAAGAAUCAAUCCCAAUCAUUGAUGUCUCCAAUUGGGAUGAUCCGAGAGUUGUGGAGUCAAUUUCCGAGGCAGCUGGGAAGUGGGGUUUCUUCCAAAUCAUCAAUCACGGAAUCCCAAUUGAGGUUCUUGAGAAUGUGAUGGAAGCUGCCCAUAAAUUCUUUGAAUUGCCCAGUGAGGAGAAGAAGAAGUACUUGAAGGAAAACUCUCCUACUCAGACUGUUCAGUUGAAGACUAGCUUCAGUUUAGCAGAGAAGGUUUUGGAGUGGAAAGAUUUUCUGAUGCAUUUUUACUUUCCAAAUGAUGAAAGUGUCCAGCUCUGGCCGUCUGUGUCCAAAGAUCAAGUUCUGGAAUAUGUUAACUGCGCAAAACCUGUAAUUAGAAACCUUCUGGAGGUGUUACUGAAGGGACUUAAUGUGAAAGAGUUGGAUAAAACCAAGGAGUCUGUCCUCAUGGGUAACCUCAUAGUUGACCUUAUGCACUACCCUAAGUGUCCAAACCCGGACCUUGCAGCUGGAGUCGGCCGCCAUUCUGACAUCUCAAGUAUAACUAUCCUGCUGCAAGAUGAUGUUGGCGGCCUUUAUGUGCGAGGAACUGGUCCGGAUCAAUGGAUCCAUGUAACACCAGUUAAAGGUGCACUGGUCGUCAACAUUGGUGACAUACUUCAAAUUGUGAGCAAUGAUCGGUACAAGAGUAUCGAGCAUCGUGUGAUCGUUGAUGAAAGGAGAGACAGGGUUUCAGUGCCGAUCUUUGUCAACCCGGCUGAUGAUGUGCUCAUUGGUCCUUUCCCAGAGGUGCUUCAGAAUGGUGAGAAACCAAUUUAUAAGCAGUUCUUGUUCCCCGAGUAUUUCAACUUCUUUUUCAGCAAAGGUCCUGAAGGAAAGAACACAAUGGAAUAUGUAAAGUUAUGAGUUACUUUCAAAAUUUAUCAGGGUUGGAAAGAAGCAAAAUCAAAUAUCUUUCCCUCCAUGGUAAAUGUUUGAACAAUGUAGUAUUUUAAAUAUAUUGCGAGAAACAUAAAAUCAUUUUUAAAAAAUGAAAUAUCUAUGAUGGAAAGUAACAUCAGUUUCUAAAUGAAUUAUUAUUGUACGAGUAUUAAUAAUAAUGCAAGAGCACCAACAAUCGUUACUUAUGAUGGAAUCUAUGAAGGAAAGAACACAAUGCAAGUGCACCAACAAUUGUUACCUUAUUUGAGUAUUGAUAAGUUUUGUAACGUAGUUUUUAGUAUUAAACUUUCACCUUUGUUAAUUAAUCAGGCUUCAG